UUUCAAAGUACUUAGUUAUUUAAUAUAAAUAAUAAUAAGAAAAUCAUGUACGCAUCUAAUCGUCUUUAUCCUAUAUCUUACAUGUUUAAGCAUUAUUUUACCUGUUGCAUCGAGAGUAAAAGUGAAAGUGUGUUUAUGGCAUACAAAUCGUAAUAUAAAUCGUUCAAUAUUUGUUCGUCAGUCAUUAACACACUGCACUAUGAGCAAUAAGUCAAUUUUAAUAAUACUCUUAGGGUCAAUAUUGAUCAACUUUUCCGACAGCGUUGUGAAACGAUGUUUCAGUUGUCGUUCCCGUGGAGAUUUAGGAAGCUGCAAGGAUCGAUUUAAGUACACCAACCUCACACAGAUCAGCUUAGAAUCCGGUAUUGGAGUGGAAGCUGUGCCUUGUGCCUCGGGAUGGUGUGGGAAAAUAAUUGAGACACGAAAUUCUGAUGCCAAAGAACAAGAAUUCGACACUGCAACACAAAGGACGUGUUUGCAAAGAGGACCUUCAGAUGGAGAAGAACGUUGCGAUGAUACUAUGUGGGAGUAUAAAAAAGUUUUUAUGUGUUUUUGCCAUGGUGAUCUCUGUAACAAUGCACCAGCAUCUUCCAAAAGUUUUAACUUUUAUCUUUUAACGUUAACUCUUGUACUCCCUAUUAUACUUGCUCAGUUGCUUAUUUGAUAGGUAUUUUAAUAAAAAAAAAAAAUGGUUUCCAAAACAAACUCGUAAAAUAUUUUAAAAAAUAAUGCAUGUAAAUAUUGCAACUUGCAAAUACCCUUACUAAUUUAUAUUUUACAAAAUAAAUCUUCUUUAUUUUGUUGUUAUUCAUACUUUUAAAUAAGUCUUACUUUAUGUUUUAAAGUAAUGUGAAAGUAUAUUAUAAGGUAACUUAUUAUUUUUUAAUAGGUACUCUUUAAACUUUUAAUUUUAAAAUCUGCAUUUAAACUUUAACUCAACAAAAAGUAUACCUAUUAAUUAUUUUCAAACAGAUAACAGUAUAUACUACCUAUAUAUUAUAAUAUGCUUACUGCACCAUAUAUAAUAACAAAAAUCAGCCAUACAAUUAUAUUAGCUAAUGACAAGAAAAAAAUGAAAUCUUAAUUGUAUUUUAUUAUUAUUAUCCAGUUUUAUAAGCCCAUUAUAAUUAUUAAUUAGUAAUUACUAAAAUAUUUUAUAUAUAUCUAAACACCUAAAUGAGUUCUAUAAAAUAAUAUAAAAACUAUUGUUAAUUUAUUAUACACAAAUAAAUAGAUACUACCUACCUACUUAUAUGUAUAAUAUUAUAGUAAUUUUUAACAAGAGCCAACUUUUAUGUAUAUUAGUAUAUUUUAUUUCUUUCUUUCCUCAUUUAAAGUUGAAUAAGGAAUUACCUAUUUAGUAUUUUAUACAAUUAAACAAUAUUGGUUAUUACUUAUAACUUAUUCUGACAAUAUUGUUUUAAUAGGUGGUAUAUUAUGUAUAAUUAUGGUAUUUUGUAUUUUAAAGUAUAUGAAGCAUGAAAUGUAAAUAGUAAUAAUCAAUAUUGUAAUUUAUUAUAAGUUAUUAGUAUAGUAAUAAUGUUCCAUGCCUAUUGGCUCUUGGCUAAUGGAUAGGUAGUAGGUACACUACCAUGCUGCUGUACUGUCUAGUGUUUAAUUUAUAAUUAUGUUCAUAUUGUCUACUAUUCAGAUAUUCAGUUAUAGUAAGAGAAAAAUACAUACUAAAUUACUAAACACGUAAA